AUGGCGGUCCACAUGAAGAAGAUGCCCGGCCAGUUGACCGUCGUCAUAAAACUCGGCACCAGCUCCAUAGUCGACGAGGAGACCCACCAGCCGCUUCUGUCCAUUCUCUCCCUCAUCGUCGAAACCGCGUGCAAGCUCCACGCCGACGGCCACCGCGUCGUCAUCGUCUCGUCUGGUGCCAUCGGCGUUGGCCUACGACGCAUGAACCUCCCCCGCCGCCCAAAACACCUCCCCAAAGUCCAGGCACUGGCUGCCAUUGGCCAGUGCAAGCUGAUCUCGCUGUGGGACCAGCUGUUCGGCAACCUGAGCCAGCCGAUUGCGCAGGUGCUGUUGACGAGGAACGACAUCUCGGAUCGUGCCCAGUAUCAGAAUGCGCAGAACACCUUCAUUGAGCUGCUGAGCAUGGGCGUCAUACCGAUUGUCAACGAGAACGACACCCUGGCUGUCACGGAAAUCAAGUUUGGCGACAACGAUACGCUGAGCGCCAUCACCGCGGGUAUGGUGCAGGCCGACUACCUGUUCCUGAUGACAGACGUCGACUGCUUGUACGACAAGAAUCCAAGGACCAACCCGGAUGCCAAGGCGAUUGAGGUCGUCGAAAACAUCUCAGAGUUGACCGCAGAUGUCAACUCGGCAGGCUCGGCGCUAGGCACGGGAGGAAUGAGCACCAAGAUUGUUGCUGCGAGACUGGCGACAAGUGCUGGUGUCACAACGGUCAUCACCAAGAGCUCGAAGCCGGGCAACAUCUCAGCCAUCAUCAAGCACUCCGAGCGCUGGCGGAAGGCGAACCUUUCGAGUGGCAAUUCAGUCAGCAGCUUGCAAGACGACGCCCUCCCACUGGCGCAGACCGCCGCGCUGAAUCUCCACGCCUCCUCCCACGACCUCUCCUCGUCUACGUCCUCUCUCCCCGACACUCAGAACCAAACCACCACAGUCCGCACCCUGCAGCCCAACGCCGAUCCCGUCCCGCUACACACACGCUUCCUGCCCAUCUCACACCCAAUCCGAGACCGCUACUUCUGGAUCCUGCACGGUCUCGCGCCCCACGGGACCAUCUACAUCGACAGCGGCGCCUACAAAGCGCUCCACGACAAGGCCGGACUUCUGCCCGUCGGCAUCGUCGACGUAGACGGCCAGUUCGCCCAGCAAGAAGCCGUGCGCCUUGUCGUCGUCAAGCGCCUCAACACCACCUCCGCCCCAGCCACUACGUCUACCCCACUCGCAACACCACCCCCUACCCACACAACACACACCCACGCGCCCACCCCCCUACGACACACACUACCGCAAACCAGCUCCCACACGCCGCUCUACGAGCCGACCAACCCAGCGCCCUUUGAGAUUGGCAGAGCGGUCGUCAACUACUCAGCUUCUGAGAUUCGCCGGAUCAAGGGCAUGCACUCGACGCAGAUUGUCAACGAGCUGGGGUAUGCAGAUAGCGAGUACGUGGCUGUGAGGGACAACAUAGCGUUUUUCGGGCUCGAGAGCAGCAGGCCGUCCACGCCGCUGCUGGAGCAUUAG